UAUUUCCGUAACUUCAAUCCCCCCUUUCAUUCACCAGUGAGGCAGUGACCAACGUGGCUCCCAACCUUUCUUCUCUCCUCGUUCCCUCGCAAAACCCUAAACCAGAAACAAUCUCAAUUGAAAAAUUCAAUCUCACGUUCCGCCAUUACUAACUUCAAACUUCAUUCACAACCCGAGUUUCCAACAUGACUGCAUCGAAGAAAAACCACAAAGACAAACCAGUUCGCCGCAAGGAAGAGAAACCGGAAGAACCAGAAUUGCCAAAAUACAGAGAUCGAGCUAAAGAACGUAGAGAAGAUCAAAAUCCUGAUUAUGAACAAACUGAACUUGGGUUUCAUGCUGUUGCUCCUCCUGGCACUGUUGAUAUUACGUCAUCUGAUGCGCAUAAAUUAUCUAUUGAGAAGAGCAAGUACCUUGGAGGUGAUGUGGAGCAUACGCAUUUGGUUAAAGGUUUGGAUUAUGCUUUACUAAACAAAGUAAGGAGUGAGAUUAAGAAGCCAGAUGCUGGGGAUGACGGGGACGGGAAACCUAGAGUACCCAAGGAAGACCAGCAAGUGUCAAUUCGCACAGCAACUGCUAAGUCAGUUUAUCAGUGGAUUGUCAAGCCUCAGACCAUUAGCAAGACGAAUGAGAUGUUCCUUCCCGGUCGAAUGACAUUCAUUUAUAAUAUGGAGGGUGGAUACCAUCAUGAUAUUCCUACAACCUUGCACCGUAGUAAAGCUGAUUGUCCAGUGCCCGAGGAAAUGGUUACAGUUAAUGUUGAUGGAUCUGUUCUAGAUCGCAUUGCUAAAAUCAUGUCAUACCUCCGUCUUGGUUCUUCUGGGAAGGUCCUAAAGAAGAAGAAAAAGGAAAAAGAUACUAAAGGGAAAUUUUUGGAUGCCGGUAAUGGAUAUGACAAAGAGGAUAAGCUGGCAAAGGUUGAAGGUGUGGAGAUAAAGAAUCAAACAGCAAGAGAAUCUAUCCUUCCACCUCCACCCCCCUUGAAGAAAAAUCCUAUUAUUUCAAGGGAGAAUCAAGGUCCAGCUGUUGCAGCUGUUGCUAGAGAAGAAGAUGAUGACAUUUUUGUUGGUGAAGGUGUUAACUAUGAAAUACCUGCUCCCCCGAGUCCUGUCUCUGAGGACAUGGAAGAAUCUCCUAGAAACAAAGAAAGACCUCAAUAUUUCACUGAACCUGCUUAUGGUCCUGUCCCACCUUCUAUGAUGGAUCAAGGGUGGCAAGAAACGAAUGGAUAUGAUGUAAUGCAAACACAAGCCAUGGUUGGUGGCUACCAAGGGGAAUGGCAGGAGUACCAGUAUGCUGAACAACUGGCUUACCCUGAUCAAUAUCUUCAGCAAAAUAUGCAGGCUUAUGAUGUCCAAGCAGAUUUAAAUGCUCCACAAGAUCCACGCUUUAUGACUCAAGAAGAAAAGGACCGAGGUUUAGGAUCAGUGUUUAAACGAGAUGACCAGAGACUUCAGCAACUGAGGGAGCAAGAUGCUCGUGAGAAAGAUCCUAACUUCAUCUCGGAGAGUUACUCUGAAUGUUAUCCUGGGUAUCAAGAAUAUAACCGCGAGGUAGUGGACAGUGACGAAGAAGCUGAUUUGUCCAAAAUGGAUAUGGGAGGAAGGGCAAAGGGCCGUCUUCAUAGAUGGGACUUUGAAACUGAAGAGGAAUGGGCGACUUACAAUGAGCAGAAGGAAGCAAUGCCAAAAGCUGCAUUUCAGUUUGGUGUGAAGAUGCAAGAUGGCCGGAAAACACGUAAGCAAAACAAGGACCAGAAACUCAACAACGAUUUGCACAAGAUCAACAAAAUACUUUCAAGAAAGAAGAUGGAUAAGGAAGGGAAUGAUGAGGCUGGCCAAUAUGAAGAUGAGCCCACCCCUGGAAAGAAGCUUCGAGUAUGAGUCCUGUUCACUAGACUGUACUGUAAUAUUUAUAGAAUGAGAUGAAGAUUUUCAAUUUAUGUCUUAUGAUGGUGAUUUAUUGAUUUUUUUUUUCUACUUUUUUCCCAUCUGUAGAAAGUAGAAACCUUGUUCAUGCUUUUUUGUCAUGUUCAUAAAAUGAAGACUAGUAAAUCUACAUAUUUAUUGUGUUAAAUUUGUUGAGGACGGUGAUUCUUGAUAUAAAAAGCAAUUUGUAAAAUUUUCCCCAAAGGAUGAUUAUAUUAAACCAU